ACAAAAUAAUGUACAAAUACAAAAAUAUUCUUGUCCUCGUAUCUCGCUCGUGAUGAUUAAAAAUAUUGUUGAAUGUGAAAAUUAAAAUAGUGAUACUAUUAUUUUUCAAAAUUCACUGCGAUUAAUUUGUGAUAAAAAUAAUUUUGAAACAUGGUUAAUGUAGACGUUGAAUUUUGGUUAGUAGCAUAUAAAUAAUUAUUUAACCUUAAGAGUAAAAAUACCGGUACCUUCAACAGCAUGUACAACUUACCAUCUGCUAAUUUUUGCGGCACUUGUGGACAUAUUAAUAACUUUAAUGAUAUGAAAGAAGUUGUCUUGGAAAGGGUCCCCGAAGCAAAAGUUUCUGGUAGAGAAGGAAGACAAGGCUCCUUUGAGGUUGAAGUGAAUAAAAUACAAAUCUAUUCAAAGUUGAAAACGAUGGCGUUUCCUGACUUUGAUGAAGUUGCUGAUAUUGUUGAAGAUGUGGCCAAUGGCGGAAAAGUCAGACAAGCUAUCAGACAGCAGCCAAUAUCUUGUUGUAUCCAGUAAAUUCAUCAUUAUAAUUUGUUUUUACAAUAUUCAAUUCAUAUGGUGCUCCAUUGGUGGUGUGGAAUCUCACCUUAAAAUUUGAAUUUAAUAAAAAAUCGACUAAAUUUGAAUCAGUA